UAUCCCAUCUAGCCGUGACCUCACUGGUGCCAUCAGUGACUGUCAGAAGCGAGUCAGCGAAACAGGGAAAGGAAGGGGGCGUUAACCACUGCAUUCAUUUACAGUCGGUCUCUCAAAUAUCGACACCUAUUUAAUUGAAAAACCUACAUACCAACAACAAAUAAGACUUUUCGUAUAUAAUCUUGUGAAGGAUAGAAGAGCCAUGGCGAAGCGGCAGGACACCAAGAAAUUCUUUGAGAAUCUUUCCGGUGCUGGAAAAUCCAUCGGCGUUCUGACAAGCGGAGGAGAUGCUCAAGGUAUGAAUGCUGCUGUACGGGCUGUGGUCCGCAUGGGUAUUUAUGUGGGAGCUAAAGUCUAUUUCGUCCAUGAGGGUUACCAGGGUAUGGUAGAUGGUGGGGAUAACAUUGAAGAGGCAUCAUGGGAAAGUGUCUCAAGCAUGCUGCAAGUGGGUGGCACAGUCAUUGGCAGUGCCCGCUGCAAGGAGUUCCGCAGCCACGAGGGGCGUCUAAAGGCUGCCCACCACCUGGUGCAGCGUGACAUCACCAACCUGUGUGUGAUUGGAGGGGACGGCAGCCUCACUGGGGCCAACCUCUUCAGAGAGGAGUGGAGCGGACUACUGGAGGAACUGGUCCAGCAGGGUCUGAUUGAUGAGGAGGCUGCCCAGAACAACUCAGAGCUGCACAUCGUGGGAAUGGUGGGUUCCAUCGACAAUGACUUCUGUGGCACUGACAUGACAAUCGGGACAGACUCUGCCCUGCACAGAAUCAUAGAGGUGGUGGACGCAAUCAUGACUACAGCCCAGAGCCACCAGAGGACGUUUGUGCUGGAGGUCAUGGGAAGACAUUGUGGGUACCUGGCCUUAGUAAGUGCUCUGGCCUGUGGGGCUGACUGGGUGCUGAUCCCUGAGAUGCCCCCUGAGGACGGGUGGGAGGAACAGAUGUGUCAGAAACUGUCUGAGAAUCGUGCAGAUAAGAAACGGCUCAAUAUCAUUAUUGUAGCAGAGGGGGCGAUAGAUUCUCACAACAAGCCUAUCACUACAGACCAUAUUAAGGAAUUGGUUGUUAGCUGUCUGGGCUUUGACACCCGAGUCACCAUCCUGGGUCACGUCCAGAGAGGAGGAACCCCCUCUGCCUUCGACCGGAUCCUGGCCAGUCGUAUGGGAGUGGAGGCGGUCCUGGCCCUGUUGGAGGCGUCAGCCAGCACCCCGGCCUGCGUAGUGUCUCUGUGUGGGAACCAGGCUGUCCGUCUGCCCCUCAUGGAGUGUGUUCAGAUGACACAAGACGUCCAGAAAGCUAUGGACGAGAAGAAUUUUGAGGAAGCUGUGAGACUGCGUGGCAGGAGUUUCGAAAACAACCUGAACACCUACAAACUCCUGUCUUACCGGAAAGCAGACUCUGAACUCCCAAAUAGCUCCUUCAACGUGGCGGUGCUGAACGUGGGUGCCCCUGCUGCGGGCAUGAACGCAGCUGUCCGCUCGGCCGUCAGGGUGGGCAUCACCGAGGGGCACAAGAUGUUCGCCGUUAACGACGGCUUCGAGGGAUUCUACAAGGGACAGAUAAAGGAGAUUAAAUGGGGAGAUGUAGGUGGUUGGACUGGACAAGGGGGGUCCAUACUGGGAACAAAGAGAACCCUUCCAGCGAAGCAUCUUGAUAAGAUAGCUGAACAAAUCAGGAUACAUAACAUCAAUGCUUUGCUUGUUAUCGGUGGAUUUGAGGCCUUCCUGGGAGUCAUGGAACUGUCCGCUGCCCGGGAGAAAUAUAAUGAGUUCUGUGUCCCCAUGGUUAUGGUCCCUGCCACGGUCUCCAACAAUAUACCGGGCUCUGACCUCAGCAUUGGCGCAGACACAGCUUUGAAUGCUAUUACUGAUGCGUUUGAGUGUUUGCUGCAGCUCUAUGAGGCCCGGACCAGCCAUGAGGACUUUUGCAUCCCGAUGUGUGUGCUGCCUGCCACCAUUAGUAACAAUGUGCCCGGUACUGAUCUGAGUAUCGGGGCAGACACUUCCCUCAAUGCCAUCGUGGAGACAUGUGACCGCAUCAAGCAGUCUGCCAGUGGGACCAAGCGGCGUGUGUUCAUCAUUGAGACCAUGGGGGGGUACUGUGGGUACCUGGCCAGUGUCGGGGGGCUGGCUGCGGGGGCUGACGCUGUCUACAUCUAUGAGGAACCCUUCGACAUCAGAGACCUCCAGUCCAACGUCGAGCAUUUGACAGAGAAGAUGAAGACGGGUAUCCAGAGGGGCUUGGUGCUGAGGAAUGAGAACUCCAAUGAGAACUUCACCACAGAUUUCAUCUACCAGCUGUACUCUGAGGAGGGGAAAGGAGUGUUUGACUGCAGGAAGAAUGUCCUUGGACAUAUGCAGCAGGGAGGUGCUCCUUCCCCAUUCGACAGGAACUUUGGAACGAAGAUUGCAGCCAAAGCGAUUCAAUGGAUUUCAAGAAAGCUCAAGGAGUCAUAUAAAGAAGGGAAGGUGUUUGCUAACACAGAGGACACUGCCUGUUUGCUGGGGAUGCGUCGCAGAGCCAUGGUCUUCCAACCAGUGGUGCAGCUCAAAGACCAAACAGACUUUGUCCACAGGAUCCCUAAGGAACAGUGGUGGUUGAAGCUUCGCCCCCUGAUGAAGAUCCUGGCUAAAUACAAGACCAGCUACGACGUGUCUGACUCUGGCCAGCUGGAGCAUGUGACCCGGGUCAGGCCCAAGAAGGUGGACUGAGCUGACCAGCUAACUUCGCUGACCAGCACCUAGUCUGGGUAGGCUAGACCAGCACAUAGUCUGGAAAGGCUAGUCUUUAGCUAGGGCUGCUCUGAGCUGAUCCAUUCAGUGUAACUUAGCUCCAAUCAUGGUAACUCUUACCAGCACUUUCACUCCGUCCCAUACUCAUGUCCCCUCAGAAGCUACUUAGGGCUCAAUUGUCCACCCUUCUUCUGAAGUAUGCACUUGCACACUUUCUCAUAUGGAUUUUACACUGGUAGAAACUGCUUUCAGCCAAUGCUUACACCAAUCCUAUGCUUUUAAAUUCAUGAUGGGGAGUGUGCAAGUGCACACUUUUGGAAAAGGGUGGAGAACUGGGAUGUAGCCCUUGUCUACUCCCAUAGAUGCUUCUUCUUCCCUCUCCGCCUUCUUCUAAAGGGAGAGCUGUUUAUCCCACCACCUAAUGUAGGUCUACUCCAGUGUUAUGUUGUGUUGUCACUCCGUACUUGCACUUUGUAUCAAACCUGGGUUGGCAUCUAAGAGUAGGUCAUGUUAGUUCCGCUGCUGUAUUUUGUGGCUUAGUUGAGGAUGUGUUUGUGAAACCCAUUUUAAUGUUAACUCACUGUGUGAUCCGAGUGUUUUCUCCAAGUAUUAAAGAAUAUUCAUUGUGAUGACAA